UGCCUCCGAGUCGAGCGGAGAUGGUUUCCGGACGUCAGUGUCACUUCCACCACCGGGUGCUACGAAGAUGCGCCUGUUUGGAGAGCCACGCACCAGCUGUGCUGGCUUGGUUUGGGAUCGUUCGCAAGUCGACCUCUCAAAAGCGUCCCUUGGACCCAAGCGACUGA